CCGAUCUGUCGGAUUCCAAAGGCCCAAAGUUUCCACCGAGCCGUAUCUCUACCGUUGACCAUCAAAAUCAAACAUCACUGACAAGACCGUACCGUCUUGAUGUCCGCCCCAAUCCCCAGACCCUCUUCUACCACCACCGGGUCAUCCGACUCGAUGGCCUCGACCGCAAGCCAGCAAUUCACCGGCAGCAUGGACUCCUACGCGCUCUCCAUGUACGAACACACAAGAAGCCUGAUGGCGGCUGCCCAUAUUCCCUAUGGCAGCCCCGCCAGCCUUCUGCUCGCGACCUCUCCGGGCUCUCCUGGCGCGCCCGCCGUUGCCGGAACCAGCUCCGGCGGCGUGGGGAAUGGCCUCAAGCCCGGCAACGGCAGCCUUCCUCGUAUGGAAUCCAGCUGACUAACGAGUGGGAAGACUCGUUUGGGACGACAUGGCUACUCGCACUCUGUGACGAGAGUCCGAUUGCGCUCGCUCGUUGAGGGAUUUUUGAGCAAGCUUCGCGGAUGAAAGCUGCUCGAUUGCCAGUACCCCUCGUCCCAUUGCUGCCAACCGAAACCUUCGAAGGGAUCGCAACAACAAGCCUCCGGUUUGUCUCGAGACUGCAUCAUACACUACCCUGCUGUCGGCGUGGCCAUUGGCCCGGGUCGAUGGCGUAGCUACCGCUCCUCGACGGGACAAGACACAUCCCUGCGGUACUCCCAAGGGUGCAGGCAACCGACAUAACCUUGUUGUCCCCUACGAUAUUCGGCCUCGGAAGCCCCGAUUGUUGGGGAUCUCUAAUGUCUAAUGCCGACCUGAACGUCGCCUGUCUCGCACGAACUUAUUUUGAUUUUCGAACUUUUACACUACGAAACACGCGGAGUUGGGACACUUUGGAUGAAUGAACGCAAGUUUUAAGGCAUACGUAGCUAGAUAGA